ACUCAAAAAUUGCAAAGAGCUAUUUUAAAUUUCUCUUUGAAUUGAAUUUUGUCUACCAAUGGCCUCUAAGUUAUUAUUCUCAAUUCUAUGCAUUCUUCUUCUCUCCAUUUCUGCUCAUAGCUACACUCGUCGUGUUCGCGCUCCUUGCAAAGAAAUGGUGUUUUAUUUUCAUGACAUUGUUUACAAUGGUGAAAAUUAUAAGAACGCGACUUCAGCCAUAAUUGGCGCGCCAGAAUGGGGAAACAGGACCAUAAUGGCAAGUCCUAACAAUUUUGGGGACUUAAUUGUGUUUGAUGAUCCAAUUACGCUUGACAAUAAUUUACAUUCACCACCAGUUGGAAGGGCACAAGGCAUGUAUUUUUACGAUCAAAUGGACACUUUUAGUUCUUGGCUUGGUUUCUCUUUUGUGUUCAAUAAUACUGAUUAUAAAGGAAGUUUGAAUUUUGCUGGUCAUGACCCUUUGAUGAACAAGACUAGGGACAUUUCAGUAAUUGGUGGAACUGGUGAUUUUUUCAUGGCUAGAGGAAUAGCCACAUUGAGUACUGAUGCAUUUGAAGGAAGUGUUUAUUUUCGACUUCACGUCCAUAUUAAGUUGUACGAAUGUUGGAAAUUGCUCUAGUUCCGCGUUUCGUUUUCUUGAUCAUUUGCAUUUAUAUCCUUGUUGAAAGAUAUAUAACCUCAACUUGAGGGUCAAGAGCUGUUUCUUGAAAUUUAUUUGCUUUUUUAUUUUCAUGAGUUGCAUAUGUGUGGUCAUUGAUGUACUGUUUCAGCCUUCUGUUUCUGUACCACAGACUUCAUUAUAUAAUAAAGUCACG